GCUGCUAUUGCGCAGAGCUGGUGCUGUUCAGUGAAAGGCCCUUUCUCCCCUUCGGUAGCCCUCACUGUGCUUUGUUCGGAAUUUUAAAGGCGAGGGGGGAAACUAAGCCAGUGCAAUGUAAAUGCAACCGGCUCUAUUUUCAAGAAACAGAAAGGAUUUCCCAGUCGCGAUUCCGCAAUGGCAGAUCACAAUAAGGAGACUUUGAAGAGGAUUAUCACUACCCUGGCUGUGAAGAAUGAAGAGGUCCAGAACUUUGUCUUUGUGCUGAAGCAAACCCUGAAGAAUGUUGAGGCUAAUUCUGAGCAAGCUCUCUCAGACCUGGAGACAGAAUAUAGUUCACUGUAUACUAUUCUGGAUGAGAUGAAGGAAGACAUGGUAACAAAGAUCAAGCAAGAACGAGCCAGCAAAACAUAUGAACUGCAGAAUCAGCUGACCGUUUGCACCAAAGCUUUGGAGAGUUCAGAGGAGCUGCUGGAGUUUGCAAACCAGACACUGGACACGGCAAAUUCAGGUGGCUUGAACCAGGCUGCCAAGCAGAUUAAAGAUAGUGUUACCAUGGCACCAGCAUUCAGGCUGUCUUUGAAGGCCAAGGCCAGUGACAAUAUGAACCACCUAAUGGUCGACUUUUCCCAAGAACAAAGGAUCCUUCGUACAUUGAAGUUCUUGCCAGUACCAAGCAUUCCGGAAAUCGAUGUGUCCGAGUGCCUGGUAGCAGACAACUGUGUGACCGUGGUCUGGAAAAUGCCUGAAGAUGAUGGAAAGAUCGAUCACUAUGUUUUAGAAUAUCGCAAAACCAAUUAUGAAGGGCCCCCACGGCUAAAGGAAGAGCACCCUUGGAUGGUGAAAGAAGGCAUCAAGGAGCAGGAAUUCACUUUGUCAGGGUUGAAAUUUGACACAAAAUUCAUCAACUUCCGGGUGAAGGCUUGCAACAAAGCUGUGGCUGGGGAGUUCUCGGAACCUGUCACAUUGGAGACCAAUGGAUUUAAUUUCAGUUUGGAUGCUGCAACAGCCCAUCAGAAUUUGAAAGUGGAGGACCACAGUGUGGAAUGGGAUGCAUCUGGAGGAAAGGUGCAAGAGAUCAAAGUCCGCGGAAAGGAAAACCGAAGUAGGACAGCUUCACCGGCCAAUUCCCCUGCAAGGAGCAUCAUUCAGUCACCAAAGAGAAUGCCAUCUGGACGGAGCAGCAGGGAUCGAUUUACUGCAGAAUCAUACACUGUGCUAGGGGAUACUCUGAUUGAUAGUGGACAACAUUAUUGGGAGGUUACGUUUGAAAGGGACAGCAAGGCUUUCAUUGUAGGUGUGGCCUACAGGACUAUGGGCAAAUUUGACCAACUGGGAAAGACCAGUGCCUCCUGGUGUCUUCACCUCAAUAACUGGCUGCAAGUCAGCUUCACCGCCAAGCACAACAACAAGGCUAAAGUCCUGGACAUGUCCGUACCUGAGAGAAUUGGAGUUUACUGUAACUACAACGAAGGUCAUCUGUCAUUCUACAAUGCCAAAACUAAGCAGCUGAUUCAUUCAUUUAGGACAAAGUUCACACAGCCAGUCCUCCCUGCCUUUAUGGUCUGGUGCGGUAGCUUUAUAGUGCAAACAGGACUUCAGGUACCGAGUGCUGUCAAAUCGCUGCAGAAACGCAACAGUGGGACCAGUAGUUCCAAUGCUAGCCUAACCUAGAAAUCAUUACCACGCUUCCAUGCAACUGAUCCAAGCUCAUGCAAAGCAAAGACUAUACCAUGAAGCUUGUCUUGAGGGAACUGAAGACCUGAAACAAGAUUCUGCACACCAGAAUGUGGAAAGUUGGCCUCUUUAAAGUUGAAAUGCUUGAGCCUUGCACUCUUUUAGAAAUGGAAGCUUGUGAUCCAGCUUCUAUUUCUGAUGAGAGCUGGUAUGAUAAUAUUGAUGCAAAAUCUUGAUUUUGAAAUGUUUUGCUUUUAAAAAUGCUUAACUGAAAGUAUUCAUUACAGUCAAUUAUUGAACAGAUAUUUCUAUUAGAAUCUCAUGACCUUCCUAUUCUCCCUUUUUAAGGGUACUUCAACAUCUUAAUAUCUUUUGAUCAUAGGAAGCAUCCCAUAAUGUAAAAUUGUUUUUGAAUGUUCCAUUUUUCUCAAAACACAGAAAGGAGGGGAGGAAUUCUUCAGUGUCAGGGUCUAAAAUAAUAUUGUUUUAUCCAAUACUGUAAAAGUUUCUUUCUGUUCUAGUUGGGAGCAUGGGACAUCUAAAGUUAUGAAAAUGAGUAUGGCUACCUGGGACUCAAGUUAUGUAAUUGAGCCAAUUAAAGGUCUUGGAAAUCCUGUUAGAGACUUGAAGGAUCAAUCCUAUUUCUCUAUUAAAUUGAAUGUUAGCUUGCCUACAGUCUGUGAUGUGUAACAAACUGUGUACAGUGCCUAGGGUGAGUAACCGAUUUCUUCUGCUUCAGUUGCUAAUGAAAUUUAAAAAUGUUAUCCCCUUGUGUUGCUGCUUCUAUAAUGUUGUCCAAGUUGGGAAAGGAAGAUGUUUUAGACUUGAGCUUCCUUGUGGCCAUUAUUACUAUUGGAGUGCAGUAUGUGAUCAAGCCCCCUCCUUGAGCUUGUUUCCAUCUCGUAAGAUGGAUGCUUCUCAAUCAAUCGCCUGUUUCAAUAAUAUACCAGAUUUAUCCAUCAAAGGCAACAGGGGUGUAGCUGAGGUUCAGUUUUAACUGGCUGAGAACAAUGAGGCCCUGGGAAGAAUUACUCUGCGGCUUAUCUCUUUGUCCUUGUUCUUCUGUAAUUUGGUUGGGAGGAGUAAGGUUGACGUUCUCAAAAGUUUCAGACUGACUGACUACGUCAUCCGUACAGGCUCUUCAAGCUCUACUGCUGCUGGCUGCUUUUCACAACUGGGGCAAAAUGUAAUGCAUUCUGCAAAAUAGCUGGUCCAAGGGUAAAAUAUAAUAUGUGGGUGCAGCAUGGGGAUCUUGCUGGGUUGUGCUUUGUACACUGAUGCACAGCAUUGAUUGCAAGCUUUCUUGGGGCUAAUGUAUCAUGCCUUCUCUGACAUACUAGUAAACAUGGAAUGGAUAUAAAACCAUUUUGGGUCUGUGCUUUUCAGGCAAUUAAUUAACACAACCAUUUCUAUGAAUGUGGAGAUCUAUUAUGGUGAAGAGGAAACCUAAUGCAGGCUUUAAUACAAAAGGGCUUUUAAAAAAAAAAGUCACUAUUGCUGAAUGUUAUAGCGAUUUGAAAUUUUGGCACAUGCUACCUUUGCAUCUCAAUACCAAACCUCCAUAGAUGGUAGGGUAGAGGCCAAGUUAAAGGAGAGUUUAUGCUGUUGAGUUCAAUGCACAUAUUGGCAUGUCUCAGUUACUACUUUGUUGGAGCAGAUAUUUUGUAGUGCACUCUGUGUGAUAUGAAUGAAACUGCAUUUAUACAAGGGCUGAAAUUACAGUCAGUGAUAUGAUCAUGUUGGUGUUUGUGCUCGUAUCAAUGUUUUAGCUGGGUUAACACUCUGCAAAGAGAAGAGUUUGAUUUGAACAUGAAACAAGUACUAGGAAGAGCCAUUUCCUGGCCUCUUAAACAGUGAUAGUAAAUGUCUUAACGGAGGGGGCAACUGAGAAAUGCUGAAUGUUGGACAGAGACCUCUCUUUUAUACUAUUUGAGGAUUGUGAUAACAGUGAAAGUAUUCUACUGGGUUAAGUUUACAUGUUUAAAUCUUUUAGACAAAAAUGGAAUCUGGGCUGUGGAGUUUUUGUGACUGGUCCUAAAUUCAGUAUUUAUUUUUACUUGUAAAAUUCUUUUCAAAAUUUCCUUUGGCUUUGACAUCCGAUCAAUAGAAUGUAUAUAAAAAUCGACAUCUCACAUUAAUGUUUAAUAUUGUAUUAA